UCUGCAGUGGGCCGCACGCAAUGGAUACCUCUACAUCGUGCAACUGCUCAUAUCCCACAAUGCUGAUCCAACCAUCUCUGACACCCAAGGCUACAACUCCCUUCACCUCGUGACACACUCGUCAUCCGUAAUGCCACUCCUUUACUUACUGCAUCAACCUGUGAACGUCGAUUCUCGUGAUUCACAAGGUCAUACAUCAUUGAUGUGGGCUGCGUAUCAGGGCGACGCAUUGAAAUCGAGUUAUCCUCCGCCGCCUCAUUGAGAUGGGCGCAGACAUGCACGCGAAAGAUCUUGAGGGUCGUACACCAAGAGAGAUGGCCGUCGAAUUAAAGAGCCUAGGCGCGUGGAAGAGAGCCAUGGAAGAGGGUGGCCUGACGGAACAUGGUGUGGUCAAAGCUAAACCAUUGAACGAGCGCAAUACCAAAAUUGCUAUCUUCAUUUUGCCCUCCCUGUUUCUAUAUUUCAUCUUCACAACGCUUGCUAUUCUUCCAUGGUAUACCGGCAUCAUACUCGCCAUGGCUGAGUUCUUUGCCAUGCAUCACAUCGUGACUCGGGUACUAUUGAAUAAGAACACAUACGUUGGAACAGUGAACCAAAGCCCAUAUUUCGCAGGCAUCAUCGCAGGGUCGAUGCUAUGGGUUGGUUACUGCUGGAUCACGCGGCUCGUGCAACAGACAGAAUCACACGCUUUUGUCCACCUGGCUUUCGCAAUCACCUUUGGUUUAUGUUUAUAUAAUUUCUUCCGUUCCAUUACUUUAGAUCCAGGUCUUUGUCCCCGACCGGCACAUGACGGAGAGUUGAAGGCAAUCAUUGAGGACCUUGCUUCAGAGGGCAGACUCAAUGGUCAGACAUUCUGCAUACAAUGCAUGGCAAAGAAACCGCUACGGUCAAAACAUUGUCGUGUUUGUGAUCGAUGUGUGGCGCGCAGUGACCAUCAUUGCCCUUGGGUCUGGAACUGCGUGGGGGCAAAUAACCACAGGCAAUUUUUACUCUUUGUCUCGACACUAGUCAUUGACAUUGUGUUGUUUGAUUACCUCGUUUAUGAAUUUUUCUCGUCGGUACCACCACCCGAAUCUGUCGACUGCUCCGCAAUCCUCUGCGGGCCGGCCUUGAAGGAUGCCUUCCUUCUUUGCGUCUCGCUAUGGUCAGCCCUGCAACUGACAUGGACUUCCGUCCUUCUCGUGACGCAGUACUGGCAAGUGACUCGACAGCUAACAACGUUCGAGGUUUCGAAUCUCGGGCGUUUCGGCUUCAUGGGCGGUCGCGGUACCCUCGCUUCUGGCAGUGGAGGUGCUGGCGUCCAGAUGGGACACCGCCACCACCAUGGCGCUCACCAACAGAACGGCGACGCUGACUGCGAAGCGGAGGGAAGUGCUCACAAACCCGCACAUAACCACACUUUCUGCGGGUCCCUCACCGCACCCGGAACAUGUACUGCCUUCCUGCUCAACCUGCUCGGCCUCGACCGCUUUACGCGUGGACGUGCCGCACGUGGUCUCACCUCGCGUACACGCAAUCCCUUUGAUUCCGGAGCCGUACGGAACUGCAGAGAUUUCUGGACUAUGGGCAAGGAACUUGGUGUGGAGUAUGGUCAGGUGUAUGAUGUUCCCUUGGAAGGCUUUGAGGAGGCUAAAAGACGGAGGGAAGCGGAACGGGGCGAUGAUCAUGAAAGCCCGAACAACAGCAGGAGCAAGAGUCUGCUUGGCAAGCUCAGCAUGCGGAUGGGUAUGGGCUCCAGUCGGAGAGGCUAUGAACCUUUGAACCAGGUCUAGCUGGAUAUUGCACUGCUACGAGUACAGUACCUUUAGCA